AUGAAGUCUGCAGCCAUUCUGGGCCUCACUGGCCUGGCCGCCAACGUUCUGGCACAUCCUCAAAGACACCACGCCAACGAGGCCUCUCUUGGUAAGCGUGGCGUUGACGUGAGCCAGUUCCGUAUGCCAGGAUCAUCAGAAUACACAGUUUCAACACAGGCCGAAUCAGACCCAGCCAUCAGCAGCAUACAGAAGCGAGGAGACUACGUCAGUUCUGCCACCCAGCUGGUCAAGACUGUUCUCCCUGACGCUGAGUUCCGUGUUGUUGACGAUCACUAUGUCGACACCGAUGGCCUUGCCCACGUCAACUUCAAGCAGACUGUCCACGGCAUUGAUAUCGACAAUGCUGAUUUCAACGUCAAUGUCAACCCUGACAGCACCAUCUUCUCUUACGGAAACAGCUUCUACAAUGGCGAGAUUCCUCCUGAGAGCCCCAUACAAAAGCGUGGAUUUACUGAUCCCGUCAACGCUUUGAAGGCCGUUGUCGAUAUCCUUGCGCUCCCUGUCAAUCCCACCGACGCCACGUCAGAGGCUAUGGAAGGUGCUGAGACUUACACCUUCAAAGGAACCUCGGGUGCUGUCAGCGAUCCCGCGGCCAAGCUGGUUUACCUCACCAAGGAUGAUGGCUCGCUGGCAUUGGCCUGGAGAGUUGAGACUGAUGUCAUGGACAAUUGGCUGUUGACGUAUAUUGAUGCCGACAACAGCAAGGACGUUCACGGCGUUGUUGACUUCGUCUCCGAAUUCGCUACUUUGCAGGUCUAUCCCUGGACCAUCAACGAUCCUACUGAAGGCGCUCGCUCUGUCCAGACUGACCCAUGGAACGUCGAUGCCUCCCCAUUCACCUGGUUCGGCGAUGGCUCCCAGGACUACACCACCCUCUGGGGCAAUAAUGCCGUUGCUCAGACCAACCGCGAUGGCCACAACAAUACCAACGACUUCGCCAACAGUUACCGCCCAACUUCCGCUGAUCGCAAGUUUGAGUACAACUACUCCCCUACCCAGUCCAACAGCACCGAAUACCAGGAUGCCUCCAUCACUCAGUUAUUCUACACCGCCAACACCUAUCACGACUUGCUUUACACCUUGGGCUUCAACGAGGCCGCCGGUAACUUCCAGACCAACAACAACGGCAAGGGAGGCAAGGGCAAUGACUUCGUCGUCCUCAACUCCCAGGACGGCAGCGGUACUAACAAUGCCAACUUUGCCACACCUCCCGAUGGCUCGCGCGCUCGCAUGAGAAUGUACAUGUGGACUCUGGCCAGCCCCCAACGCGAUUGCGCCUUUGACUCUGACGUCGUUCUCCACGAGUACACCCACGGCCUGUCCACCCGCCUGACCGGCGGCCCUGCGAACUCGGGCUGCCUCAAUGGUCUCGAGUCCGGAGGCAUGGGAGAGGGCUGGUCCGACUUCAUGGCCGUUGCCGUCCUCGCCAAGGCCAACGACACGCGCACCAAGGACUUCCCUCUCGGUGUUUGGGUCUCCAACAAACCCAAGGGCAUCCGGUCCUUCCCCUACUCCACCAACAUCCAGACGAACCCCUACACCUACGCCUCUGCCAACGAGAAGAACGAGGUCCACGCCAUGGGUGAGAUCUGGGCCAAUACCCUCUACGAGGUCUUCUGGAACCUUGUUGACGAGCACGGCAUCACCGCCGACAAGUACCCCACCUUUGACGACAAGCGUGUCCCCAAGGACGGCCGCUUCCUCACCAUGAAGCUCGUCAUGGGCGGCAUGGCCAUCCAGCCGUGCAACCCUAGCAUGGUAUCUGCGCGAGACGCCAUCCUCGACGCAGACAAGAAGCUCACUGGCUCCGCCAACAAGUGCCUGCUCUGGAAGGCCUUUGCCAAGCGUGGUCUCGGCGAAAACGCCAGAUACAACGGUGGUCGCAACCGCACCGAGGACUUCACCGUCCCGGCCGGUUGCUAA